AUGCACAUCCCUGCCAAUGACACCACCCUUCCAGAUCAUCACUACCAGCAAUCCCACGGCAUCAAGCUCAACAAGGACAUAUGCUCAAAACGUGAGCAGCGCGUAAGGAUGCUCGAUGUGGUUACCAUCCUUAUUAUCUUGUAUUUCAUCGGCGUUUCAUCAGUUGCUCAUUCCACCAGAGUAUUCACCAGUGGUGGUCAUGCAUACAAUGAACAACGAUUCCUAGCUGUUAGCGAGGAACAACAACAACCACAACAACAUGAUGCAUUAUCAUCUUCAUGCACUGACUACAGAUCAUAUCCAUGGCCCCAGGAUCGCUCUGGUUUGCCUUAUCUGGCAGAUGUUUUCACAACCCAAGAGGGAGACUAUGUUACUUUCAUUGGGAUCAAUCGAGGUGGUUGUCUCCACAAGUACAAAACAUCCAAACAAGACGACUUUGCUCAACACGAUUCUCAUGGAUAUCGCUUCAUGUGCAUGUUCAAUGGAAACAUCCCAGUCAUUUCAGAGUUUGUGGCACCCAGUGCCAAAGCAUUUCGGUACAACUUUGUCUUUCGCUGCAAGGUACCAGAGCAAGUUCAGCAUCAAGUCCAACCAGGCCAAGCAACUACACAGCUGCAUGUUGACUUGCAUGCUCUUCAUGAUUUGGAACAGCCCACCACAGAACAAUACAAGAUUCAACAGUUUCCAAGUCAAGCCAUUUCAGACUUGCCCAAGAUCCCCAAUAUCCCCGUCUGUCAUCCUUCAACUUCAACUACAGGGGAAAGAGGGACAACACAAACCUACAAUCUCACUGCCUACACUCGACUCAAGUCAUCCUACCUGCUCAAUCACUAUAUCACCUUCAAGAACGAGACUGUCUCAUCCAAUUACCGAGUCAAGGAAUGGAUUGCCUACCACCAAACACAAGGGUUUGAUCACUUUGUCAUCUAUGACAAUGAUGAACAGCCUCAUGGGCCACUGGAAUCCUUGUUGCAGCCCUACAUUGAAUCUGGAUUGGUUACAUAUAGAUGGUUUCCAUUGAAAGAUUGCAUCAGUGAUCACCCAGACAGCCGAAGGGGCAUGUUCUCACCUUGGGCACAGGCUGCAGCCAGUGUAGCAGCAUUGCAUCGAAUGGGGACACGAACUAGGUUCUUUGCAUCCAUGGAUGUAGAUGAGUAUCUUGUCCUCUACAACGGUCAAACUGUUUCUCAGUUCAUGGCAGGUGUUGAUGACAAAUAUGAUGGAGUUGAAUUUAAACCCACAAUUGUUGAGUAUUGCAAUGGGGAUGAGGUGGUUGAUUUACAGGCUAGUCCCCUGGCAUCCCGCAAGUGUUUGACAGAGAUUCACAGGAGUGAUGUCAAGCUGAUUAUGAGGCCUGAUAGAAUGUUGUUGUUUGAGGUGCACUAUGCCUUGUUGACAAAGACUUGGUCCAAACCCAAAAUGCUUCAUGUUGAGCCACCACUUGGCUUCUUGGCACAUUACAGGGGAGAGCCACCCCUUGGGGAAUUCAAGAGGAAGUAUCCUUCUGGAAAGAGAACCUUUCCUUUCGAGCAUAUGGAAAACUUUGUGGCCACCCACAACACAUCCAAUCCAUCUGAAAGAUGA